AUGAGCUCCGACAGCUACCCUCUUCGCGCUUCAGGCAUCUAUCGCAACUUACCAACCUUUGAUCCUUCCAUCAAGGGACUCAAAGCAGUGGUUGUUGGCGCAACAGGAAUAUCUGGCUUCAAUACCAUCCGUUCUCUUCUCGACUCCCCCCAAAGAUGGCCCACUAUCUAUGCCUUGUCUCGCAGCCCAUUGACGAAAGAAAUGCUUUUACUUCUCAGCCAGGAACAGCAGUCUCGCAUCAAGCACGUAUCCAUCAACCUCACUGGUUCUGCAGACCAACUUGCCUCUCAAUUGAGAGAUGGUGACGUGCAGGCUGACUACGUCUUCUACAACGGCUACAUCUCUCCCAAGAGCGUAUCUGCCAUGAACCCAAAGGCAGAAGAAGAGCUCGUGGAAGCUAACGUGCCCAUCUUUGAGAACUUCUUAGAAGCACUCAAAGUUGCCGAGCUGCAACCCAAACGCAUUCUUCUCCAGACUGGCGGUAAAAACUAUGGCGGUCACAUUGGCAGAGCGAGGUUACCGUUCAUCGAAUCCGAUCCUCAACCCCGCCAUCUGUCGAAGAACUUCUACUAUCCUCAGGAAGAUAUGCUGAAGAAGUACUGUCAACAGCACCCAGCGACAGGUUGGAACGUCAUCCGUCCUUUCGGGAUCAUUGGCGCCACUUCAAAAACAGGAAUGAACACCUUUCUUCCCUUCGCGAUCAUGGCCGCCGUCCAGGCCGAGAAAAAAGAACCUCUUUUCUUUGGGGGCGACAUUGAGGAGUGGGAAUACGAGUACUUGCACUCUUCCGCUCAGCUCACGGGCUUCCUCAGCGAGUGGGCAGUCCUUGAAGACAAGUGCAAGAAUGAAGCCUUCAACGCACAUGAUGGGAGUCCCAUGUCCUGGGACCGCUUCUUCGAGGAGUUGGCGCGCUGGUACGGCGCUUCUGGUGUCGAGGGCCCUGAGCUGGACGACUCAAAAUAUCACAACGUAGUUCUUGCUGGUGGCAAAGACAGUCCUCUGGGCUACGGUCCGCCAACACGCAUCAGACUCUCACGCACAUUCGCCGAUUGGGCCAAAGACUCUUGGAACGCAGAAGCUUGGAAGCAGAUCAUGAAUAAUUCGAACGGCAAAGUAAAAUUCGAUGUAUUCGAGGACGAAUUGGAAAAUGUAAACAUGGCGGACUUCGUCUACUACAAGAUUGGUCAGCCGUCUUCUGCAAAGUUCCGCAGGUUCGGAUUCAGUGGGUUUGUGGACACGAUGGAGGCUGUUUCUGAAUUGUAUCAGGACUUUGCAAAGAUUGGGGUAAUUCCUGCACCCAAGGUCGAAGCCGCUAAGCCUAUGAUAUAG